AUGCGUUGCUUAAUACCCUAUGCUCAACCACCAGUUGGUCAUUUGAGAUGGUCUAAUCCAACUGAACCCGUAGGUUGGGAUGGCAUAAGAGAUUGUAGUUACGAGAGGGAAUCGUGUCCACAAAAAUGUCAGCCACUAUCUCUAACUUGUCCUGUGGUGGGAAUCAGUGAGGAUUGUCUAUAUCUUACUAUAUAUACACCUCUAGGACCACCACCGUCUUCCAAAACCAGUAGCAGUAGUAGCGAUAGUGAUAGUGAUAGCAGUGAUGUUAGACCUCUAACUAACAACAACAAAAACAAUAACAAUCUUAAUGGAAAUGAAAAGGAGUCAGAAUUAAGACCGGUGUUGGUAUUUAUACCAGGUAGUGAGUUUACCAGUGGAAGUAGUGAGUCACCACUGUACGAUGGUAAACAAUUCGCAGAGAAUGGCAUCAUCUUGGUAACUGUAAACUAUCGUUUGGGAAUACUUGGAUUCCUUGGAAAUAAAGAAGCUGGUAUCAAUGGUAACUUUGGAUUCCAUGACCAGUUGGCUGCACUACGUUGGGUACAAAAGAACAUUGGUGCAUUUGGUGGUGAUAUCAAGAGGAUAACUCUUGCCGGGCAGUCUGCUGGAGCACUCUCAGUGCUCACUCAUCUAAUAUCGCCAUUGUCCAACGGUCUUUUCCAGUCAGUCAUUAUCCAAUCUUCUCCAACAACCAUUGGAUAUCACACCAACGCUACAGCAAAGGAAUUCUUUCAUAGACUACUUGAGAGAACCAAUUGUACUGCGCCAAAAACCAGCAACUUCAAUUCAGAUGAUGGCAGCGACGACUACUACCCAGACUACCCAGACUACCCGGACUACCAAGACAUUAGCUACGAGAGAAACUUCACUUUGAACUGUCUUAAAGAGUUAUCUGUCAAUCAAAUCAUUGCCAUUCAAAUGGAUAUAGAUUUAGAGGUCAAUGCGCUCAGCGGUAAUAAUCCGUUGGCUGUGGUGGCGCAGUGGACCCCGAUGAUCGAUGAAUCUUCGAUUCCAGAUCAACCCAUUCCAAUGUUGGAAACUGGUUGUUUUAAUAAAGUAAAUAUUAUGUUGGGUGGUGAUGAGUCUACAAUCAUGAUGAAAGAAUAUCGCCCAGCAGAAGUAGACACACCAAUGAAUCGCAAGAGCUUUACCAGAUUCCUUGGCAAGGUAUUCAAAGACAGCGUUCAGAGGAAUAAGAUCAUUGAUCUUUACAACCGAACCGCUACUUCGCCAACCGCUAAAGUAUCGUUGAUAACACUGCGAGAUCUCAACGAGAAUGAUGAUCACCGACCACUUUUAAGCAACAUUCUAAAUGAUCUCGUCUUCAUUUGUUCCUCUCGUUACAUCGUAAGAUGUAUCUCACAGAGUAAGAGUAAUAAUAACUAUAACUACUAUAACUACAUCAAUGUAAAUAACAAUGUAUAUUACUAUCGUUAUAAACACGCAAACAAUCUAUUAUGUAUAAAUACAACAACAUGUCAUGGUGAUAAAAUGGUACCAUAUAUAUUUAAUAGCUUUAAAACAAUUGGUUUGAAUAUAAGUGAUGAUGAUCGUCAAAUGGGAGAACAUAUAAGUAAAUAUUGGACCAAUUUUGUCACGAACCAAAAUCCAAACCUGGGAUAUCAAGUACCAAUUCAUUGGUCGAAAUACACAGAGAACUCUUAUCAAAACAAUGUUCUUAUUUUCGAUACUAAUCCAUUUGCUGACAACAUUGACAAUGAUAUUCCUGCAUUGUUAUUUUGGUGCACUUGUAUGAAUAGUUUAUUAUUUAUUUUAAAUAAACAACGUAAUAAUAAUAAUAUAUAUCGUAGUAUAUUUAAAUUUCAACAAAAUAGAUAUUUUAGUAAUAAUCAUAAUAACAAUAAUUUUGUAAACGAUGUAUCAUUUACUAUUAAACCAACAAGCGAUGAUACAAGAUCUACUGUAUUGAAAAUGAUGGAAGAUCUUGAGAAUAAUAGAAAUAAAAAGAAACAAAUUAAGAAAAAUACACCAAUAAAGAAAAUACAAUUUAAUAAUAACAAUAAUAAUAAUAAUAUUAAGAGUACAAAUCAAGUUGAUAAUGAACUUGAUGAUAUAGAAGAAGAAUACGACGAUGAAGAGUUUGGUUUGGUGGAUAAUGAGCUGUACGAUGAAGAAUAUGAACAGGUAGAGAGAGCAAACACAUUAAAUAGUAAACAAAAACAACAAUUCGAUUCGGAACAACAACUUGAUGACUAUGGUAUGGAUGUAGACGUUGAUGAUGAACACGAUCAGGUUGAAGAUGAUGCAGAUGAUGGUGUAUACUUGUUCGAUGAGAAUCAAAAGUUGGCAGAUACCACCAAGCACGAUCAAUUAUACGAUGAAUAUGGAAUGGAGGGAAUGGAGGAUUAUGAGUUCGACAAUGAUAACGAUGAUCAAGUCGAUCAAGAAGAUAACUUGACAUUGGAGACUGAACAAGAGAUGUUAGAUAUCAUCAGACAAUCGGAGGAACAAGAGAAACUACAAAAAGAAAAAGAAAAGAAACCAACGAGAGCAGAAAAGUCAGAGCAACACAAGAACCUAGAAGCGAUCAUCAAGAAUAAAUAUGGUGACAAGGCCAACAAGAUCCUACACAAGAUCCUAAUCAAAGAGAAAUACGGUAAUUGGGAACCAAUUAAGAAAUUGAGUCGUGACCAGAUGUCAGAGAUAAAGAGAUUACAUAAAGAAGAUCCAGAUAUACAUACAGUUGAAUCGUUAGUCACACAAUAUAGAGUUUCAAAAGAGGCAAUCAAGAGAAUCAUUAGAUCUAAUUGGACACCUUCAGAAGAUAGACUAAAAGAACAAGAUUCGAAAAAGAAACAUAGAUUAGAAGUAACUACCGAAUCGAAUGCUGCUGCAACAAAAGGAACAAAGAGAAUAAUUAAUAAUAAUUAUAAUAAUAAUAACAACAAGUCAUAUAAUGAUAACAAACCAACAAGAGAAUAUCAAAAGUCUGAACACAAGUUUAAUCAAACAACACAAUCUUCACCAAAGUUAUCUUACAAUAACUAUAUUAAGAAAUCGACAAAUUUAGAAUACAAACCUAAAACCAAUUAUAAUAAUAAUAAUUCUAAUAGAAAUACAAAUAAUUAUAAUGAUAGAUAUGACAAUAAUAUAAGUAUAACUUUUACAAACGAUAGUCUUCAUGCGAAAAUGAAAAGACUACAAGAAUUAUCAUCAAAAAUAAAGAAGAAUUAA